GCGCGCAGUGACCGGCGGCUCCGGGUGGACCUCCUUGAGCGCGGCGCUCGCGCGGAGCUCCCUGGCUGGUGGUGCGCCUCGUCCGUCACCAUGAAAGACGACUUUGCAGAGGAGGAUGAGGUGCAGUCCUUCGGUUACAAGAGGUUCGGUAUUCAGGAAGGAACACAGUGUACCAAAUGUAAAAAUAACUGGGCACUGAAGUUUUCAAUCGUACUAUUAUAUAUUCUGUGUGCCUUGCUCACAAUCACAGUAGCCAUAUUGGGAUACAAAGUUGUAGAGAAAAUGGACAAUGUUACAGGUGGCAUGGAGACAUCCCGCCAGACCUAUGAUGACAAACUCACAGCCGUGGAAAGCGACCUAAAAAAAUUAGGGGACCAGACCGGGAAGAAGGCUCUAAGCACCAAUUCGGAACUCUCUACCUUCCGAUCGGACAUUCUAGAUCUGCGUCAACAACUUAAUGAGAUCACGGAGAAAACCAGCAAAAACAGAGCUACCUUGGAGAAGUUACAGGCCAGUGGCGAUGCCCUGGUGGACAGGCAGAGCCAGCUGAAAGAAACGCUGGAGAAUAACUCUUUCCUCAUUACGACUGUAAACAAAACCCUGCAGGCGUAUAAUGGCUAUGUGACCAAUCUGCAGCAAGACACCAGUGUUCUCCAAGGAAAUCUCCAGAACCAGAUGUAUUCCCAUAACGUGGUCAUCAUGAACCUCAACAACUUGAACUUGACCCAGGUGCAGCAGAGGAACCUAAUCACAAACCUGCAGCGCUCUGUAGAUGACACCAGCCAGGCGAUCCAGCGAAUCAAGAACGACUUCCAAAAUCUGCAGCAGGUGUUCCUCCAAGCUAAAAAGGACACGGAUUGGCUGAAGGAGAAAGUGCAAAGCUUGCAGACUCUGGCUGCCAACAACUCUGCCUUAGCCAAAGCCAACAAUGACACGCUGGAGGACAUGAACAGCCAACUCAGCUCAUUCACAGGUCAGAUGGACAACAUCACCACAGUCUCCCAAGCCAAUGAGCAGAACCUGAAAGACCUCCAGGACUUGCACAAGGAGGCAGAGAACAGGACGGCCAUCAAGUUCAGCCAGCUGGAGGAGCGCUUCCAGCUCUUUGAGACAGAUAUUGUGAACAUUAUUAGCAACAUCAGUUACACAGCGCACCACCUGCGGACACUGACCAGCAACCUGAAUGAAGUCAGGACCACCUGCACGGACACCCUCACGAGGCACACGGAUGAUCUGACCUCCUUGAAUAAUACACUGGCCAACAUCCGGUUAGAUUCUGUUUCUCUCAGAAUGCAGCAAGAUAUGAUGAGGUCAAGGUUAGACACGGAAGUGGCCAACUUAUCAGUGAUUAUGGAAGAAAUGAAGCUGGUGGACUCCAAGCAUGGUCAGCUCAUCAAGAACUUUACAAUACUGCAAGGUCCUCCUGGUCCCAGGGGCCCCAAAGGUGACAGAGGAUCCCAGGGACCACCCGGUCCAACUGGCAACAAAGGACAAAAAGGAGAGAAGGGGGAGCCGGGUCCUCCAGGCCCAGCUGGUGAGAGAGGACCAAUUGGACCUGCAGGCCCCCCUGGAGAGCGAGGCAGCAAAGGCUCCAAAGGUUCACAGGGUCCCAAAGGGUCCCGCGGGUCCCCUGGGAAACCUGGCCCACAGGGCCCCAGUGGAGACCCAGGCCCCCCAGGCCCACCAGGCAAGGAUGGACUCCCUGGCCCCCAGGGGCCACCUGGCUUCCAGGGCCUGCAGGGCACUGUUGGGGAGCCUGGGGUGCCUGGACCCCGGGGACUGCCAGGCUUGCCGGGGGUACCUGGUCUGCCUGGCCCCAAAGGCCCCCCUGGCCCUCCAGGACCAUCAGGUGCAGCCAUGCCCCUGGCCCUGCAGAACGAGCCCACUUCAGCACCAGAGGCCAACGGUUGCCCUCCUCGCUGGAAGAACUUCACAGACAAUUGCUACUAUUUUUCGGCUGAGAAAGAAAUUUUUGAUGAUGCCAAACUUUUUUGUGAAGACAAGUCUUCACACCUCGUCUACAUAAACACAAGAGAGGAACAGCAAUGGAUAAAAAAGCAGAUCGUAGGGAGAGAUAGCCACUGGAUUGGGCUCACGGACUCAGAGCAGGAAAAUGAGUGGAAGUGGCUGGAUGGGACAGUUCCAGAGUAUAAGAAUUGGAAAUCCGGCCAGCCAGAUAACUGGGGUCAUGGUCAUGGGCCAGGAGAAGACUGCGCUGGCUUGAUUUAUGCUGGACAAUGGAAUGAUUUCCAGUGUGAAGACAUCAAUCACUUCAUUUGUGAAAAAGUCAGGGACACAGAAAGUUCGUAA